CACGGGUGGAUCUGCGGCCAUGGGUGGCGGCUGCGCGCGGACGGUGCUUGGUUGGCGGCGGCUCCCGUCUGCGGCGCGUGGCGGCUGGUGCGCGGGGCCAGCGCGGAGGGCGCAUCGCGGCGCGAGGCAGGCAGAGGCACGGCCUGGCCGCUGGAGGAGGCCGCGUGGUGGAGAUGCGGCGCGGGGCGGCGUGGUGGAAGCGCUGGGCGGCCGCGCGGAUGGAGCGAAGGAGGUGGUGCGGCACGGCGACGGGGGCUGGGGCCGGCGCACGGGGCCAUGUGCGAGCGGCAACGGCGCGGGCCGAUGCCGCGUCGCCCGUGCUGGCGGUUUCUGCCCGGCCGGGAGGAGGUGCGGUGGUGCGGCGUGCCGGGAGGAGGUGCGGUGGUGCGGUGUGGCGCCGGCGCGUUGCUGGGUCGCGAGGACGGCGGAGGGAGAUGGAGCUUCGGCAGCGAGCUUUGUGGAGCUGCGACAGUGGCGUCCCUGUGAUGGUACCAGCUUGAGGCGACGAACGCGUGCAGUGGGGUGCCGGCACUCCGGGCGAAAGCCCUCGCCAGAUUCAUUCUGGUGAAAUGGCGGCGGCGCCUCCGGCCGUCGCUCUCCCUGUUGUGGGCGUCAUUUUGGAGUUGCAACCCUCCUGCACGAGAUCUCUGGGUGAAAACCCGGUCCAGGUCCUGGACGAGCGACAGCGGCGCCUGUGGGCGUCGUGACCUCCUUGGAGGCGUCGUCUCUAGAGAUACCGUUCGGCGACUUGGCCGGCCUGUUGCUCGCGAUUUGCUUCGGCGGUGGUUACAAAUCUGUCGGAGGGCGUGCGGAGAAGGGGGUUGCCUACCUCACGCCAAGACGCCUGCUCUUCUGUUGGUGGUCGGGAGUCAUCACUCGGCUGUUGUUCGCCUGCUUGCAGCGUUCCGCGGCGCCUGGAACUGCGUGGCAGUCUCCACUGCGGUGCGGGACAACGUUUGAAGGACGACGCUAGCGGCAACGACAAUCAGUGACGACUUGGCCUGCAGCGGAUCGCGGCGGGGUGUUCAGCACAGCUGAACCCUUUCGGUGCGGUACAACGUCGGAAGACGGCGCGGGCGACAUCUUCGGUCUUCUGGCUCGAGGGCGGCGUCUUCGUGCGAGCGGGAAAACAACGUGAUGAUUUCGAACCACGGCGGUGGUCUGGCGGCUUGGUUCAGUUCCGGGGGGGUUGCCUCGACGGCAUUCCCUGAAACGAGUACGGAGCGUGGUGCCGUGUGGCGGGUUGGAGGUCCCCGCACACGAGAGAGGCGUGCUGAGUGGCGGAUUGGAGGUCCCCGCGCACGCGAGUGUGGCGUCCAAUGGCGGAAGUGGCGAGGCCCCCGCGCGUUGGGUUGCUCCGGACUUGGUAUUUUUCAUGCCGUCGGGCGGUCGGUUUGGGUGCAGCAGCACUGCGGCGUUGGGUCCUGCACGACAGUAGCCUCCUGGUGUGGUGGUGUCUGCCCCUUCUGCUCCUCUAUCAAUACUGGAACACUUCAGAUGUUUCGAUAGCCGCAAGAGUGCGAUGGUAGGUGGAAGCUGCAGUUGUGCAUUUUCUCCUCUGUCGUCGUUGUGAAUAGAGUUUGGCCGUGUUGAUGUCCCAAUUCAACCGGCCAGUGAGUAUAGUUGAGCGGUAACCCGUGUUGACGUCCCAAUUCAACCGGACGAGUUUGUUGUUUUCUUUUUUAUUUCUGUCUAUAGCCUCCCAAGUCCGUAGUCAAUAGAAAGGCACUCGUCAAGUGGCAUUCGUUAAAAAAAAAACAAUCCGAGUCCACUCCGAACUCUAAUUGGGCCGCGGGGACCACAAAACCAUCCCAAAAGGCCAAAAGCCCCGUCACGCGGACCCGCGACUUGUCCCCUCCCCACACGACGCCCGCCGCUCCUGCCCCGGCGGCUACUCUCCCCCCACGGCGCUCCGCCCGCUGCUCGCCGGCUUCCUUCCGCCAGCUCCAGUCCGCUCGCGAUGAAGAUCGCGGUGGAGGGAUGCAUGCACGGGGAGCUGGACAUCGUCUACGACACGCUUCGCAGGCUCGAGGAGGCCGAGGGGAUCAAGAUUGACCUCCUCCUCUGCUGUGGCGACUUCCAGGCUGUUAGGAAUACAGAUGAUUUACGGUGUGUUAAUGUCCCACUAAAGUAUCGUACCAUGAACUCAUUUUGGAAGUACUACUCAGGACAAGCAGUUGCUCCAUACCCAACCAUCUUUAUCGGUGGAAAUCAUGAAGCAUCCAAUUAUCUGUGGGAAUUGUACUAUGGAGGAUGGGCAGCACCUAACAUAUACUUUUUAGGGUUUUCUGGUGUUGUUAAGUUUGGAAACAUCCGAAUUGGUGGGCUGUCAGGAAUACAUAAGCAACACAAUUAUCACUCAGGACACUAUGAGAGGCCUCCAUACAAUGAACAGACUAUACGGUCUGUAUACCAUGUAAGGCAUUAUGAUGUUCUCAAGCUCAUGCAUUUGAAGGAGCCACUAGAUAUAUUCUUAUCACAUGAUUGGCCUCUGGGCAUUACCGAGUAUGGGAACUGGCAGAAGCUCAUUCGCGCGAAAAGGCACUUUGAAGAAGAGGUUAACAAUAGAACGCUAGGUAGCAAACCUGCAGCUGAAUUACUGAACAAACUAAAACCACCCUACUGGUUUUCAGCACAUUUGCAUUGCCGGUUCCCAGCUAUCAUCCAACAUGGAGAGAAUGGACCUACAACGAAGUUUCUUGCCCUUGAUAAGUGCCUUCCUGGGCGAAAUUUUUUGCAGGUUAUAGACAUUCCGUCCAAUCCUGGACCAUAUGAAAUCCAGUACGAUGAAGAAUGGCUUGCGAUAACAAGAAGAUUCAAUAUCAUUUUCCUCUUAACUCGAAGGCGAUUUACUAUUCGGGAUGAGCAGCUUGACACUCAAGAUGACCGAGAAUGGGUUCGGAACAAGUUGAAUACUAGAGGGGUUAAGCCAUUUGACUUUGUCCAGACUGCACCAUCUUUCAAUCCUUCCAAUCCAGUCUCCAAUUCCUCCAUUACAAGAAGUUGCAGGAAUCCACAAACUGAGUCUUUCCUCCAGCUUCUGGAACUCCCUUAUCUGCUGGACUCAUCUAAUUCUGAGGGUGUGUCUUCUGUUAAUGAGGUCGAUAGAACCGAGUCAAGCUCUCAGCCAGGAAACAUGCUUGAUGAUGAAGAUAUAGAACUACCGGAUGAAGAUGAAGGUGCCAUAGAUGAAUAGACGAUGAUGAGUGAAUGAGCCGGAGUAGUUGGACAAGUUCUGUUGCUCCAUCCCAGUUGCAGGUUUGCCUUGAGGGAUGGGUUUGUCUCUGUAGAGAGAGGAACUAAAAUGUACUAGAUUGUAGUGACAUAGCUGGUUGGUUAUGGGAGAAUGUCUGUGGACUCGUAGGCUAGCCCAAUGCAAACUUUCUUCGGUGUUGAAUUGUUGGUGUCCUUUAAAGUUCGAACUAUUCGGUGUCCGUCAAAGUUGGAACUACAUUCACACUGAUUGUUCAGCUAACUCACAAAACAUGUGUAUUUGGUGGAAAAUGUUAACCCAAAUGACAUCUUCUACUAGCAAAAUCGAGUUAAACUUCCUAAAA